CGAGCAUUGUCCAUUAUUGCAUCGCAAUGUCUACAGUAGAGAGUGACGUAGUUCGGCUACCGAGAACUGCACAAUCCCCAAGUCCUAGAACUAAUCCAUCGGAAUCCUCCAAUAAUGCAGAUGAAGGAGUUCAGAGAAUGUACCAGCAGGUACGCGCGUUACGCGCAACCCCAACGAAGAAAUUCGUGGAGCGACAACGCUAUAGAACAGGCAGACUGGAAUAUCCGAGAGAUGGAGGAAAAGAUCCGGGACUGGUCUACAUUUUCAACCACGAGAAUUUCGACGAUUACAACGUCGAUAGUCGAGAUGGAAGCAGCUGGGACGUCGAAGAAUUGGCCCUCUGUUUACAACGAUUGGGCUACAACAUAACCAAGGAAAAUAACGUAUUGUCCGAUUUAACCUCUGCCCAAGUCAGAACGAAGAUAAAAGAGAUUGCUGAAAGCGAUUUGAGCCAGUAUAAUUCGUUGAUUAUAUUCGUCCUGACGCACGGCAAUAAAUCUAACACUUUGCGCACCAAAGAUGGCGAAAUAUAUGCCAUAGAGUUCUGGAAUAAAAUCGGCGAAAACCCAACAUUGGCUGACAAACCUAAAAUGUUUGUGUUUCAAGCUUGCAAAGGCGACGGGUAUUCGACAACCGGUAGCGAGGAAAUCCCCAAAAGUCUUAAAUCAUCUUCCAAGAUUGUCCCAACGGAAACAUUUUCAACCAACUAUUUAAAACCGCAUACAUUAACUGUAUAUGCUACCAUUGAAGGCAACGUCUCGUUCCGGGACACCAGGAGGGGUACUUGGUUCAUCCAGGAGCUGUGCAAAAAUUUCUCGGCUUAUGGGAGACGGGACGAUGUUCUCAGCCUGCUGAUCCGCACGACGAAAUGCGUGUGCUGGAACUACGCCAAAGGCAACAAGAAGCAGAUGCCCUUCUUCGUGUCGACGCUGCGGAAGAAGUUUUACCUCAACACGAACCGAGACCGGGACGCUUUGAUGAGGAUCGCUGAAAGCAACGAGAAGAUUCUGAAGAACUUGGAGGAAAUUAAGAAAGGUCUCCUCGCCGUUCUGGACGAAAGGAAGAAAUAAUGCGGGUUUUGAGUUUUAAGAAACGGCUAGGUUGUUAUUCUUAUAGUACCUAAUGUAAUAUAAAUAUUGUGUGGAUAUUAAAACGACUGAGCGUUCAGCGAAUAACGUUAAUGAAACCAAAAUGCGAAUAGAUAAUAGACAUAUUUCGAUUUUUAUCUAUUUAGCAAUAAAAAUAAUUUUAGGAAUGUGAAUAGUACGCAUGCGAAUUGACUCUACGCCUAGAAAAUUAGAAUAAAUAUUUGCGUAGCCAAUUUUCGAAGUAUUCAAAGUUGUUUUAAAAAUGUUUAAAGAGUGAAUGUGAAUCGGUUAAUUAUCAUUUUUUUCCAGAAACUGAACAAUAUUGUAACUGUAAAUAAAUACAUCAGAAACACAUGUUUAUAUACUUAUAUAAUUUGUAUGUACUUAUUAAAUAUUAUUAGCUAAUUAUUACACAUGUGCUGAUUGUUCAAAAAUUUC